CUGGCUGACUGAGUGCGCUGACACUGGGACCACUACCUGCUGUCUGGGGAUUAAGCACGCUAUGAAUACCCGGAGCCUAAUUUGUUGUUUUGGCUGCCAGUGAAUGUUGGAUCCCCACAGAGCAGAAGCUGGAGCAUAAAUCCUUGUGGCCGGGACACGGGGAGCACCUCUGGACUAAGACAGAGGCAGUGAGAAAGGGACUGGAUGCUUGAUGAAGCGAGUAACAGAGAGACGACAAACCAGAGGGAAAAAAGAAAAGACAGGACAAGUUCUUUGCUGACAGUCAAAAGCAGAAGAAAGAAAAUCAACCCAAGUCUUAUUACGAUCAGGACACAAUGAGAACCAUCUCCUCUCGUUAUUAGGCUGGGAUUUUCUGUCAGGGUGCUGACACGUGGGAAGAAAGCCUGACAAAUCUCCGCCUCAAGCUUCUUGGUUGAUUUCUGAUCGCACACAGGUUUUUCUCUUCUUUCUUUGAGUUAUUCAUUCAGACUGUCUCUGUAUUUUCCUGCUCAUCCGUGGCUGCUUGGGGGAGGACACAGGUCGGCACUGACGGCUGGAGAGGGGAUCGUGAUCGUCCUCCUCUCCCAACUUUUUCCCUUUUCCGCCACUUCUGCUGACCUGCUUUCGGCCCCAGCCAACAGCGGCUUCGGGGGCAGUUGCUUACCCACUCCAUGCGAGUGGCCAGUAAUGAAGGUUAUUGAACUGAGGAGGCGUGGCAUGCACACGGGAGAGAAGGGGAGGAAACGCAAACCAUUUCUGUGAUCCCGGGAGCAUAUGGUUUAGCGAGAGGCAGCCAGCUGCUUUCCAGCCAUCCGGCUAAUCACGCUGAAGAAGACACAAGUUUCUCCGGUGACGGUGUCAGGUUUGGACAGACCUUGCCUGCUGUGGUUUUAUAUCUGUUCACACUGGCAGGAUCCAUUCAACCAUCCAUUCAAGAAGUCAGUCCUUCGGAUACAAGAAGCAGUUGACUUAGAGGAUCGCACGCAAAUCAUCGCUGAGGAGAGCAGCCAAGCAUUGUUGCCCCAACAGGCAGCAGCCACAGGGAAGCUAAAAAAGAUGCUCGGAAAUCACUUCAUAGGGAAAUAAUUGUGACACCACAUGUUGUUGGUGAGCACCAGACCUUGGCUUGUUUUCAAAAGGCUUUUGACAAAGAAAGGGAGUUCUCAAGGAGCCGGCGCUGUCAGACCCCUUUCACCUCCGUCUAAUUACUAGUCAGGGUCACUGGGAAGAAUUGAGAAGAUUCCUUCUGUGGAUUUACUGUCAAUCUCCUGUGGAAGUUUUCAUUGUGGAUAUCUGACAAUCCUAAAACACCCACAUCCUGUCAGCCACAUUUCUGGCUUAGAUGCAUCUCAAACACAUGAAUGCCAAGAGCGCUUGAACACACAUUUACUAACUUAUCACCAACACUCACUUAAAUCCACACACAUAUUUGCACUGUAAGUAUAAAACAAAAUACACACAUAUACUCACACUUUGAAAGCCCAUUAGUUUGUCUUUUUCCCAGAAGACACAGCGCAAUGGAGGUUGCAUGGACAGGUGGGGGGCUGUAGGAGUUCAUCAUCCCUGUCCCCCUGUCUGUCCCCAUUCCUCAAAUGGAUGUUAUUAUUUCUAAAAAUGUGUUACUUGGAAACCACUGAAAGCUUGCUGCUGCGAUUCUCAGAAAGAAACAGUCACCGGGUCCCCGCCACGGUGCUCAGCUGGAACCACAGCUGAAACACGGACCAUUACGGAUCUCUUUUGCUUUCUAUUUUCUCUUCAUCUUCAUCUUCUGUCCUUAUCCCACCGCCAUCAUUUUUUCCAACGGGUCUUUGGGCACCCCUCGUCGCCCUCCUCGCCCCGUCAUCUCCUCCACCCUGGAGGGGAGGGGGUCAUUGGAGUGGAGCAUGAGCGGGUGCCACUAUCCCUCGCCCACGCCGCCGGAGCGGGAUCGCAGGUACCAGCACAAGGUGUCCUUGGUGGUGCGCUACUUUAUGAUCCCCUGCAACAUCUGUUUGAUCCUGCUGGCCACAUCUACGCUGGGCUUUGCCGUGCUCCUGUUCCUCAACAACUACAAACCUCCUCACUUCACACCGGCCCAGCCUCCUGAUGGCUGUAGAGGAAUGCUGUGCGGUUUUGGUGCUGUAUGUGAGCGGGACCCAACUGACCAGGCCAAGGCUGAGUGCGUCUGUAAGAGAAUGGAAUGUCCAUCCUUGGUGGCACCUGUUUGCGGAUCCGAUUCUUCUACCUACUCCAACGAGUGCGAGUUGGAGAAAGCCCAGUGCAACGCACAGCGACGCAUCAAGGUGCUACGCAAGGGACCCUGCUCUCUGAAAGACCCCUGCACUGAAGUGACCUGCAGCUACGGCAGCACCUGUGUCCAGUCAACAGACGGGCUGUCGGCUAAAUGCAUGUGUCCGCUCGGCUGCGAGGGCAAGCCCGAGGAGACGGUGUGUGGCAGCGAUGGAAAGGACUACCGCAACGAGUGUGAGCUCCAUCAGCACGCCUGCAAGAGCCAGAAGAACAUACGUGUGCAAUACCAAAGGCCCUGUGACCCAUGCAAAGACAGCGAGAACAGUCUGAGCACGAUAUGCAGAGUGAUGACUAAAAGCCGUGAGACCUUGACCUUUGGCCUGCCGGAGUCGUGCCCACCGGAAAGAGAGCCUCUGUGCGCCAGCGACGGUGAAACCUACCCCAGCGAGUGCGCCAUGACGGCAAGGGGCAUGCAGAAAGGCAUCCAGCUCAGGAAGAUCUACGCAGGACGGUGCAGGAGGCUGGAGGAGUGUAAGGAGGAGUGUCUCUUCAACGCUGUGUGCCUCGUUGACCAGCUGAACGCCCGAUGCUCCUGCGACCCCAUCGAGUGCGACGGCACCUACAAGCCCGUGUGCGGCAAAGACAGCCGCACCUAUUCCAACGACUGCAUGCGACGCAAGGCAGAGUGUCUGAGCAAGACCCUCAUCCCCAUCAGGCACCCAGGGCCCUGUGAUCUCAAUGUGCCAAGCCCAUGCUUGGAUAAGCUGUGCGAACACGGGGCGAUGUGUGUGGUGCAGAACAACGAGCCAGUGUGUGAGUGCCCCGAGGCCUGCGCCCAAAUUUCCGACCCCGUGUGUGGAUCCAACGGCCACAGCUACGGAAGCCCCUGCGAGAUGCGAGCGAUGGGUUGUGCCCUUCAGAAGUCCAUCCACAUCAAGCACAUAGGACCCUGCGAUGAGGCUUGUGCCAACUGCUCUUUCGGGGCAAUCUGCGAUGCCCAGAGCAGACAGUGUGUGUGCACGUCGGAGUGUGUGGAGACCCACCAGCCUGUGUGUGGCAGCGAUGGGGAAACCUACAACAGCGAGUGUGAGCUGCACGUUCGGGCCUGCAAAGAACAGAUUGACCUUAGAGUGAACAGCCAAGGAGAGUGCAAAACAUGUGGCAGCAAUGUUUGUGCCUGGGGCGCCCGAUGUGUCCAGAAUAAGUGUGAGUGCCCACAGUGCUUGGGAGAGGCCUUCUCGCCGGUGUGCGGCAGCGACGGCACCACCUACAACAACAAGUGUGAUCUCCUCGUCUCCUCCUGCAUGCAGAAGAAGAGGAUUGUUGUAGCGAAGCCCGGCAGCUGUGAUGAAGACUGUGGCUCAGGAGGGUCAGGCUCAGGAGUGGAGAGCUGCGGGCAAGACCGCUGCCGCAUAUUUGGAGGCUCGUGGGAUGAAGAUGCAGAAGAGGACCGAUGCGUGUGUGACUUCACCUGCCAAAGUGUGCCUCACAACCCGGUUUGUGGCUCAGAUGGCAAAAACUACAGCAAUGAGUGUGAGCUGAAGAAGGCCAGAUGUGAGAAACAAGAGCACUUGUUGAUUCAGAAUCAGGGACCGUGUGCAGUGAUUUCAGCCACAUCUCUGCCUGAAUUGAAAGUGCCUCAGCACUGCAGUCUGUCUGUGUACGGCUGCUGCUCCGACAACAUGACGGCUGCCUCAGGAGUCGGACUGGCUGGAUGUCCCAGUACCUGUCAGUGUAACGUGUAUGGCUCCUACAAGGGCACAUGUGACCCAGCCACCGCACAGUGUUCCUGUAAGCCAGGUGUUGGGGGACAGAAGUGUGACCGAUGCGAGCCGGGCUUCUGGAACUUUCGUGGCAUUGUCACGGAGAACAUGAGCGGCUGCACGCCAUGUAACUGCGACGCCACAGGCUCGGUCCGGGACGACUGUGAGCAGAUGUCAGGUCUGUGUUCCUGCAAGACGGGAGUGAAAGGCAUGAAGUGCAACGUGUGUCCAGAUGGAAGCAAGAUGGGCAUGAACGGCUGCGACAAAGGUCCUGAGGCUCCGACUUCAUGUGAAGAGCUGGUGUGCAGCUUCGGAGCUUCUUGCAUUGAAGAGAAUGGCCAAGCCCACUGCGAGUGCCCUUCACCUGACUGCGACGAGAAAAACAAAACCAAGGUGUGCGGCUCAGAUGGAGUGACCUAUGCCGACCAGUGCCAGCUGAGGACCAUAGCCUGCAGACAGGACAAGGACAUCACAGUACAACACUUCGGACAGUGCACAGAAACCAUCUCCGAGCUGGCAGAGCGACCUACCCCCAACCCCCUCACCACCACCCCCAGCUCCACCGCCGCCGUCUCCAUCACCACCGCAGCCCCCUUCCCCACCAACAUGGUGUGGGCCAUCCCACCACCGAGGACAGCCGAGACAGAGACCACCCAGCGGCCCCCGGUCACCUCCCCCUUUUCCACUCCCAUCCACAACCACGUGCAAGUAAACCAACACAUCCACAUCCACAUCCAGCCGCCUCGGUCAACCGCCGCCUCCACCACCUCAUCCCGCAGUGGCCCCGUUCCCUCCGCUGCAGUGUCCUCCUUCGAGGGCUCAGGCAGCGGGGACCCAAGCGGGGACGACCAGGUUGAAGAAGAAGACGAGCAGGAACUGGGUAGCGGCAUCCCAACAGAGGCCAGUGGGGCAGAGGAGACUGUCGGUCCCACAUUGGCGAGCACAACUGUACCCACAGCUGAAGACAGAUCGUCCUGCGACAACACCGAGUUCGGCUGCUGUCCUGAUGGCAAGACGCCAUCCAACACUCCAGAGGGCACAAACUGCCCCUCCCUCCAUGCCCCGGCCAGCUUUUGGGACACGUCUCCGUCUGCCACCAUGAGGUUCAGUGGCUUCCUGCACCUGGACCGGGUGGAGGGCCAAGAGAUUUUCUACACCCCAGAGAUGGAGGACCCCAAGUCGGAGUUGUUUGGAGAGACGGCCCGCAGCAUAGAAAGCGCUCUCAACGAGUUGUUCAGGAAGUCGGAGGUGCACAAAGAUUUCAUGAGCGUUCGCAUCCGUAACCUGGCACCGAGCAACUCCAUCCUGGCCUUUGUGGAGGCUCACUUCAGACCAGAUACAAGAUUCACAGUGGAGGACAUCGAAGGUUCCCUGCUGAAACAGCUGAAGGCCUCCAAAGAGACCGGCAUCGCCGUGAAGAAGCCAGAGGACGAGAAUAUUCGCUUCACCAAUUAUGGCCUUUCCACCAUCCCCUUCUUCACGACCACUACCACCACCACGGCAUCUGUCACCACAGCUGCUCUCACCACCACCACCACUACCACCACCACCAGGCCUCCGCCAACCUCCCCAUACAUUACCCGCCGGCCACCGAGCACCACCCGCAGACGCACCACCACAACUUCAGCACCGGUUACCACGCCACUCCUCACAACAGCAGCUAUCACCACGACCCCUCCGCCCCCAGCUACCACCAUCGCCCACUUCAGGGGCAAGCUUCAUCACAAGGCCCACAAGCCGUGUGACUCCCACCCCUGUCUCCACGGGGGCACCUGCGAGGAUGAUGGCAACGAUUUCAGCUGCAAGUGUCCCGCCGGGCGAGGAGGCUCAGUCUGUGAGAAGGUGAUCAAGUACUUCAUCCCAUCAUUUGGAGGCCAGUCCUACUUGGCCUUCCAGACCAUGAGCGCCUACCACACGGUCCGCAUCGCCAUGGAGUUCAGAGCAUCCGAGACAACCGGCAUCCUGCUCUACAACGGCCAGGAGGGAAAGAAGGACUUCAUCUCUCUGGCUCUGGUCAACGGCAGGGUGGAGCUCAGGUUCAACACGGGUUCGGGCACAGGGACGGUGGUCAGCAAAGUGCAAAUCAGUCAGGGCCGCUGGCAUCAGCUCGUGGUGACUCGCAAUCGACGCAACGCCAUGCUCAGCGUGGACAACGAGCCGCACAUUGAGGGCGAGAGUCCACGCGGCACAGACGGCCUGAACCUGGACACCCACCUCUUCAUCGGAGGAGUGCCUGAGGAAAUGAAGCAGGAUGUGAAGGAGAGGACAGCGGUGGCCACAGGUCUGGUGGGCUGCAUCCGACUGCUGGACGUCAACAACCGAGUGCUCAACCUGCAAGAGAGCGGGGGCAACAGUCUGUACGGCAGCGGCGUGGGUGAAUGUGGCAACAACCCCUGUCAGCCGAAUCCCUGUAAGAACGGCGCAGCGUGCCAGGUGAAGGAGGCCGAGAUGUUCCACUGCCAGUGCAGCAGAGGAUUCUGGGGUCCAACCUGUGCUGAUGUCCAUGACCCAUGUGAGCCCAACAGAUGCCAUCCAUCCUCCCAGUGCCAGGCGCUGCCAGAGGGAGGCUACAAAUGCGAGUGUCCCAUGGGACGUGAAGGAAGGCACUGUGAAAAAGUGGCUGAGAGGAGAGGGGCUUACAUGCCGCAAUUCAACGGAGACUCAUACCUGGAGCUAAAGGGGCUCCAUCUCUACGGGCACGAUCUGCGCCAAAAGGUCAGCAUGACAGUGGUUCUCAUGGCCAACGACUCCAACGGUGUGAUCUUCUACAACGGCCAAAAGUCGGACGGAAAAGGAGACUUCAUCUCUCUGUCCCUCAACAACGGGAUCCUGGAGUUCCGCUAUGACCUGGGCAAAGGACCUGCUACCAUCAGGAGUAAAGAACCAAUCCAGCUGAACGUGUGGAACACCAUCAACCUGGAGCGCUCCAACCGCAAAGGAGAGAUCAUGGUGAACAAGAAGGACCCAGUCCGAGGGGAGGCACCGAAAUCACGCAAGAAUCUACAUGUAGAUCUCAACCUGAAAGAGACGCUUUUCGUCGGUGGAGCUCCUGAUUACAGCCGACUGGCAAGAGUCGCCGCUCUCACGGAGGGUUUCAAGGGAACAAUCCAAAAGAUCAUUCUGAUGGGCACACCCAUCCUCCGAGAGGAGAACGCUCUUCGCUCCAGCAACAUAGCGAUGUUCCAGCAUCACCCGUGUUCUCAGGAUCCCUGCCACAAUGGCGGGCACUGCACCCCCCAGCUGGAUACGUAUGAGUGCGUUUGUCUCAGCGGUUUCUCAGGGGGACACUGUCAGAACACCAUCUACGAGAAGUCUGCCGGAGAGACCGAGGCUGUGGCCUUUGACGGGCGGACGUUCAUCGAGUACCACAACGCUGUUACGAAGAGCCAACUGACCAAUGAGAUCCCAGAUGAGAAGGCUCUGCUGGUGAACAAAUUUGAGCUGAGCAUCCGGACGGAGGCGACCCAGGGCCUGGUGCUGUGGAGCGGCAAGGGCGUGGAGCGGUCAGACUACAUCGCCCUGGCCAUCGUGGAUGGACACGUCCAGAUGACAUACGACUUGGGCUCCAAACCCGUGGUGCUGCGCUCCUCUGUGCGUGUCGACACCAACCGCUGGAUACGUAUCAAGGCCAGCAGAGCACUUAGAGACGGAUCUCUGCAGGUCGGCAACGAGGCAGCAAUAACAGGGUCCUCGCCUUUGGCAGCAACACAGCUGGACACAGACGGAGCCCUCUGGCUGGGUGGUCUGGAGGAGCUGGCAGUGGCCCGUCGGUUGCCCAAGGCCUACAGCACCGGCUUUGUUGGCUGCAUCAAAGACGUGGUUGUGGACGGCGUGGAGCUCCACCUGGUGGAGGACGCCUUAAACAGCCCCAAAAUAUUACACUGUUCUGCCGCCAAAUAACCCAGCAGGGACAAAUAUAUACCGAGAGAAAAGGGGAAAGAAAACCCCUCCCGACACCCGCUCCCUCCAUAGCGCUCAUGUCUCCUGCUGUAAUUAUUUUCUAUUUUUGUAUACUUUUCAUUGCUUUUUAUAAGGAGAGAAAUUAAUAUGGUGUUUUAAUUUUUGUUUUAAAUGUUUUGUUCCGCACCUCUGUUCACAGAACACACUGUUUUUUUUUCUUUGCUACCCUGGCUCUUCUCCUUUUUUUUUCAAAAAAAAAAAAAAAACAGGCAUCUCUGUGAAAAAGAGAUUUUAUUCUUGUCAGUUUUGUUGUUUUAAAACAAAUGCCAACAUUGAAAAAGCAAAAGUCCUGCUCUGUCUCCUCGCUCAUUACUUGAACACUGGUGGACCUUGCUGAUGAUCUCUGGGUGCUGCCUUGUCUUGGUGCCAUAUGUAUCGUCCACAUUCCCCCAAGCAUGGCGUACACAUCCAUGACCACAUAGACACACAUUCCCCCCCCGGGAGGGCUGGACGCGGCAAACAACUGUAGCUCGGCAGGCGCAGUUCUAUUAAAGUUGCAGCCGGCUCACGUCUACCAUCACGACUCUGUUUUCAGCCCCCAGUAGUCCACUGUAUUUAACUAAUGGGACUUUUCAGAUAUCAGUCAAGCUGCUGCAGUGACAAAGUACACAGUCAUAACCACUCGAUCAGCCCCCAUCUCACAGCGCCCGAAAAAUAUUUAAAGAAAGAGAAGAAAAGAAAAAAACUCUCCACUCGAUCUGAAUCCCAUCAGAGGCUUUAGUUUUGAAAUAUGACUCACUAACACUGCAAGCUGACAUGGCAGAGAAGAGCGCUGCGUUCCACGAUGACUCGCAUAUCAUUAGUCAUAAGUCAAGACAUUAAUCAUAAACAUGAAUAAAUGUUAUAAAUAUAGAGUAUAUAAAUAAUACCUGAGACUGUGAAUAUGUACGAUGGGUUCUCUUUGGAGAAUUGUGCUUUUCAUGUACUAUUGUGCGUUCUGUUUUACAAUCAGCAGAUGAAUUAAUGAUGACCACUAUAAAUGCAUGCACUUCUGCAGUGUUUGGUUUGAAUCUGGAUUUUGUUAGUAGUUUUUUUAUCCAUUUUGUUCCAAAAAACAGUAUAAUUUGAAAAAUGUCACUGUUUUGUGUUUUGUUUUGUUUUUUUACCUUAAACAGGUUCCUUUUAUUCUCUUAUUUCCACUGAUGUAAUUUCAGAAACUACAGAGCUGAAUAAUGUUUUAUGCUUGUUCAUUCCCUGUGUGUUUUUGUUUUGUUUUUGGUAAAGUUUUUUUUUUUUCUUGGGAUCUGUUAGUUUAGCAGGACCUUGAACGGUGCAUAAGGGGAAGAGUUGUUACCGUAUCUGACCUUAAGGAGGUGCUGAGAGCAGAGACUGAAGAAAAGGACAGACAGAGAGGAAGCAAGGAGAGAUCUUAUCAUGGGGAGAGCUACUACUACUCCUGGGAGUGUCCUGUCCAACAACAGUCAACACAAAUGCUUCAAAAAAAACAAACUCUGAGACUUGAUUUCCUUUUUUCGUAUUUGACCUAGGAACAUUCCUGGAGGAGUCUUUUGACAGUGAGAAAGCGAGCGAAAGAGACUGUGACGUUGUUGUGACCUUUUAAAGCCAUAACAGCCACGGAAAAAUGGGAAUAAGAUACAUAAUCCUACAGUACUUGCAAAUUAACAUAGCGACGCAUGAGUUUGUAUUACUAGUGCGAAUUCUGUAACUUUCAGUGAACUGAUGCAACGUGGAGUCGUCUCUGCUGGACCACAAUAAGCUGCGUUGACUGACUUAAAGACACUCUCGUUUUGAUAUGAGAAUCUUGGCAAUAUUCUAAGACAUAAUCAUGCCUGUUUGUGGUUGAGUAUCAAAUGGUCUUGUACUGUUUUUUUGUCCUUCCUUACUUUCUCAAUUAUGUUUCCCUCCUUCAAUCAUCAAGCAACCUGUUUUUGUACAGCCCUGCGAUUUUUAAGUGUAAAUUUAGCAAAUGUGUGCUCCGUGGAGGUUUAUGUUUUUAGUAAUAUACACUGGAACCAUGUCUGACUUGUCUGCUCACCUACACGAUGAUAUACUUAAUGUACAUGGGGGAGGGACAGCCCUAGAGCUAUAACUGUGUUGUGUGUAAUCAAGUGUCCGUGCCAGACCCAGGAAAAUCUCCUCUGGUUCAGACACAUUUCAACCUGUCAACCGUAGACCGGUCUCAUUUUUACCACAACUGUUUCAAUUUGACCCAUUCAGGUGGAGGAGAGAUUCUUGCAUUUUUGAAUGGACUGGAGAUCAGAAAAGACAACAACAGUCUAUGGUCCGGGUGGAAACUAUGAAUUGCCUUAAAAACCGGUCACCUCGACUCUGAGCAGGUGACAAAGACGUCAUCCAUAUAACUGUUUCCUUACUUUAGCCAGUGUAUUAGCCUCAUCCCCAUAAUGUAAAUGAGUAAAGCAUAAUAAUAAUAAUUAUAUUAGUAAUACUGCUCAUACACAAGAAAAUCCCAGGGGGCUUCUGCAAAUGUCUCCUCUAGCUUUUUACAAAAAAAUAUCCUCUAUUUACUGUUUUCUGAAUCUAUUUUCUUUUUCUUAUUUAUGUCUUCAUGUGGAUUAGCCUCCAUGUCCGGCCUCUGUAAACUACUGUCUGACUGCGCAAACCUUCUCAAAGGGCAGUGCACCGAGUAAGAGUGGCAUGACCUGAACAUUACUAACUUUAUGACCUUUGUCUUGUGUUCAUACCACCAUGAAAUAAAAUGUCAACCAAAUGGA